AUGCUCUGGUGGCAGGACUUGAACUCAACAUGUGGCGGUGACCGGACCCACAUCAAUCAGGCAGGGCAAAGAAUACACAUUCGGACACGCGACUGCGUCCCGGAAACCGCCCGGACCGACCAUCAGCGCCGACGCCGACGCCGGGGCAGCAUAGUCCAAGGAUCCGACGAGGGUGCACGCACCAGCCCACGAGGCUACGGACGGACGAUGCUCGCAUAUGGUGUCGUGGCUGGGGAAGGUACUGAGACAUGCACGGCGGGCGCCGGCUCAUUGCUGCUCGAGUUCGCCACGCUCUUGCGACUAGUCGGCGUCCCGAUCUACGAGGUCCGUCCUACGCGUGAUCGCCUGGCUCAGGCCGGCGGACAGUACAACCUCAUCGAUUGCACACCCUCCUUCAAACGGGAUGUCAAACAUAUGCUCGCGUUCGACUUGGUCAAAUCCGACGGAUCGCGGGCUCAAUCCACCCCCAUCACCGCCAAGGGUACCUUAUCACCCCAACCACUAACGCUGCCGAAGAUCAGCCGGAUCAUGGGCUCAAUCCACGCCCAUCACCGCCAAGGGUACCUAAUCACCCCAACCACUAACCUCGCCAAAGAAAUCAUCCGCAAGUACCUCAAGCACAAUCCUGAUCAAGCUCGUAAGUGGCUCUUGGUCCAGCUCCCUCUGAAAGCUUCGAUUGGUCAGGAGGGCGAGCGUCGGCUGACCGAGGCCGUCAGUCCCCAGAAGGAUGUCAACGGCUUCCAUGCGUACAACCUCGGACUGCUCAGCUCCAGGGGCUCCGAGCCACUCUUUAACCCGUGCACCCCCGCCGGGGUCAUCAGAUUGAUCGACUCUACCGGCUUUCAACUCUCCUGUAAGCAUGCCGUCGUCUUGGGCCGGAGUGAUAUCGUUGGCACCCCAGUCUGCUCUCUUCUCCGUUGCAAAAAUGCCACCGUCACCCAGUGCCAUAGUAUUACACCUACUCCUCUAGGAGAAGGUAAAUCUACCAAUGCUAUCGGCCUGGUCCAAGCCCUCUUUUGCAACCGUACGACAGCCUUCCCAGGGCCCAACAUUCAGAAUCAAAGGUGGCGCGGCUGGCAGUGGAUACAGUCUGUCAAGAAAACCGAUACAGUUUGA